GAUAAUGUUUUAUCUUUCUCAUCCCAUUCUUUGUCUAUUUUGAUUUAGCGCCAAAGUCAUUGGAAGAACCGGUUUCCGUUAUAUCGAAAGGAGCUGUAUAAUUAAACAUUUUUGUUUCAGUGUCACAAUUUAUAACCUCAUAUAUUUGUUAAAAAUUGCAAUAGAUGAGUACUCAAGCCAUGCCAGACAUAAAAGCACCCGUUGCACUUACACAUGCUUCUUCAGAGAAGUUGUCGCGGCAUGAAAUGCUGCGUUGGAUCAACACAACCGUGCAGGGAGAAUACAAGAAAAUUGAGGAGCUGUGCUCAGGUGUCGCUUACUGCCAAAUUAUGGAAAUGAUCUUCCCACAAUCGGUAGGACUUAAAAAAAUCAAGAUUAACGCAAAACUGGAGCAUGAAUAUUUGCAUAACCUUAAACUCUUCCAAAUGGCCUUCACACGCAUAAACUAUGAAAAGUCGGUGCCUAUUGAACGCUUGGUAAAAGGCCGCUUUCAAGAUAAUUUCGAGUUCCUGCAGUGGUUCAAAAAGUUUUAUGAUGUACACGCGACCGAUAAAGAAAACGUUAAAGCUCCAAUUCCUCAACAACAGCAAACACACGCUAACACUAAGCCGAUGAAAAAAGCGCUAGGCAAAGGCUUUUCUGCAAUGACUCUUCCAACUGCGAAUUCCACACAGUUCAAGGCAGAAGAAAAUGACACUCCAAAAACUUUGAAAACUUUAGGAGAAACCCGUGACAAACUCACGAAAGAGACCGCGAUUGUAUUAAGCGAAAGAGAUUACUAUUACAAGAAACUUCUUGAUGUUGAAAAAGUUUUAAGAGAGUUUACGGAUCGCAGCGAGUUGUGUGAACGUGCGUUAGCUAUUUUAUAUGCUGUUGAUUACGAGGACCCAGGCAAUGGAAAUAAUAAACUAGGCCGGGAAUCGGCAGAUUUAUAAUUUGGGUAAGGCAAAUGUGGAAGGUUGUCUUUGUAUACUGUUAUUUUUAAUACGACUUGUACUUAUUUUAUUUAAUUUUGUUUUUAUGUAUUGAAAUGUUAUACAGAUUUUACAACUUGUAAUAUGAUUAAUUGCUGU